AUGAAGAGGUGGAGUGGGGGGAGGGAGGAAGGGGAGGUAACGGCGGCCCACCAGGUCAUCAAAAGAGGGGAUUCUUCACCAGACAGUAACACGAGCGGAUCAGACGCAGUAUUGGAGUUUACACGUAAAUUGCAGAAUUAUCCGUUGGCACGACGUGAAGCGUUACGUCAAGCAAGUCGGAAACAGCAUCGUGAUGAUAUGCAACAACAGAAUGAUCAUCGUGAUUCAGUCACUCUCAUGGAUAAGGAUAAUCAAAAGCAACAACAAUUCUUAUCGUCAGCCAACAAUGACUCUUCAUCUGCAAGCGAUCAUUUACCUGCAUUUAAAAUCGAUUCUUCUUCAUCUCCACCACCAAAUGUCUUCGGUUCAGAAAGUGCAACAGGAGGAGAUAACAGUUUGUGUUCGCAUAUGAUCGCUGAUAUGGCAUAUUUAACGGCCGAUCGACGACCAUCCUCACCGCAAGCCAUUCCAGGCUUACCAUUGAUCGAAAUUCGCCGACCGUCGGCGUUAUCACAGUUCCACUUCGAUUAUUUCGUCAACAAUUCAUCUAAUCUGAGCGCCAUUGAUAAUUCCACGAAUAGCAAUGCGAUGCUAGAUGAGAGCUGCUCGGAUAUCAUCACACCUUUGCUAUUGUCAACAACAAAUCUCAUACAACAGCAACAGCAGCUACCAUCACGAAAGUCUUCUGAAGAAAGCUCAGUUGGUUGUUGGAGUUCACGUGAUUCGUCCGCAGUGAGUCAACUUUCAUCGAGUGGUGCUUUCCGGCUGUCAACAUUUUCGGUUGGCACUAGUAUAGCAUCAGACAGCUCGGGCACAUUCCUGCUAAGUCUUGUGCUCAGGAAACGCGCCUCUACGAUCGGUACAUGUAUUCCACUGCUUAAACGGGGAAUUUCAAGGAGUUCCGGCGGUAGCUUAAGGGUGCCGGACCGAGAGAGUCUCGUUCAUCCGAUACCGAACACAUUCGAAAUGAAUCCAGAUUUCCAGUGCGUUCGCCAAUUGAUUGUGAAUCUGUUGAACGUUUACUCGAAACAAAAUGCGAAUAUUGUUGCCACAGUAAGAGAAUGUGCUGAUGUGUUACGUCAGAUUUUGAAUUCACCUCAACAUCCAACUAUUAAAAAUUGGUGCGCUGAGAUCAUACAAGUGGUCAGUUCUCGUGUGGAACCUGAGCAGGAAUCAGCGUUGGAGUCAAAUGAACGAAUUAAUGAUGAAUAUUUAGAUUUUCAAGAUCAAAUAAUAAGUGGCAGUUUACCUUGUCCAAGAGAAGAGGCUGCACUGUUGGCUAGUAUUCAGUUAUGUGUUGAAGAGAAUUGGCCGCACAAUAAACGCACUCAAACGAUAAGACGUCAUCUGCUGAAAGGACAAUUCGGUAGAAUUCGUGAAUUAGCGCAGAAAAUCAUGGUGACUCCAUGGGAGGUCGACCAAACACUCUAUUGCACGCCACCACGGAUCACAUCAACAAGUGCAGUAGACUUUGCGACACCGACGGCAGCCAAGAAAUAUUGUGGAUUAUUGGGCAGCUGUGAGGCACGUUCUCACUCAGUUGCUUUGCUACGCUGUAUUGCGGCUGCAGAUACCGAUGCAGCAAUAACGGCCGAAAUUCAAGCUCAAUGUCUACCGCUUGGACUGCGCGGAGAUCGUAGAACUGUUAGGUUGGUUAAGGAACGGAAACGAAAACUUUUUCACAGUCAAGUUUAUGAGAGCGAAGUUGGCAUGAAAAAACUUUACGUACAGACAGCGAAAAAGUUACCUGCCUUCGGCUGCAAAGUUUUUCAAGUGAAAGAACUUGUGCAUGGUCGCACGCUACGUAAAGUAAGUUGA